AUGACCGCAAUAACGAUUCACGAAUUACUACAGUCUACAACAAGUUGUAGCUCCAUCACCACAGGAGACACCCUGACGGGAGAAUUGCUUCUUAUAACAGAAUUCGGGGAAGAUACUAAACAAGGCACCAUUCGUCUCAUUGACAUAAAUACCAGAGAAUCCAUUGCAUGUCUCAUGGAUCGCUUUUCUCCUGACUUCCAUGAAAGUGUAGUAUCGAUCAAGCAAUGGAAUUUCAUUAAAGAUGGCUGCUUAUUCCUCGAGUUCAGAGCCGACGACACUUACCAAGACGGAUCCGAUCUUUCCAUUAUUCGCGACCACAUUGUUAAAGAGAAUGAACUGUUCCGUACGACUUUCAAGGGAGAAGUGUACUACAUGCCUCAUAAAGAUCUUUCUGCAAAUGCCACUCAUUUUGUCGGGAAAGUAAAGGCCAUUACAGGUCUUCGUAUUCGUCGAUAUACACCUGCAACUUUCCUUAUGGAGCUGAUCGACCAAGAAGACAAUGAAUCCAUUUUUAUCAGUUUUUCUGGUGAUAUGUUUAUCGCUUACCGCUCCCACUUUCAGAUUAAUAACACUUACGCGUUUCAAGGACUAGAGAGGGCAAACAAUGAACAGUAUCAGUAUUCAUUUACCUCUGCGACAAAAUGCUGUGUAAUUACAUCUUCACAGUACUUGAAUGAAAUUAAAAAAGUGCCACAUGUAUAUCAGCCCAAAGUGAAUCUGGCGCAAUCAGCAUCAUUUGCAGGCCAAGUCACUCGAGUGAUCGACUCUUUAUUCGGAAUAUAUGAAAUAGAUAACCUAUUUGUCCUAAGUCUUUUCAAUUGUCCAAGCUAUGAGCUCAAUAUGCCUUACCGAGUAAACACCAGAAUAGUUGUCCACAAUAUCCACCCAACAUGGAUUCAUUCCGGUAAAGAGAAUAGCCAUUUGUUGACAGCCUGGAACAAGGCCAGUCCUUGCGCUGUGAUGGGAUCGUGCAGCAAAACACAUGUUGAUAUUAUUGAAUUCUCCAAUGAUUUAAAUGUUACAUGUGAAAACAUGGAAGUUGUGACAAACCAUGUUGAAUUAUACAUUGAUUGCAUUAUGAAUUUCGCAUCAUUCGCGGAACAUAUUCGACAAUUGGAACUAUACGAAAGUUUGAACAAUCGAUUUAAUGUAGACUGGACUCCAAAGGAAUUUAUGGAAAUGUUUAAAGCCAUCAUGAAGUAUGUUCUUGAUGAUACAAAUCGUGAAUUUGAACGUUGUGUUGAUGACUUUACUAAUUUUACCACUCAUCAAGUCGAUUGUUCUAAGAUGAGACCGGAUCAGUCAGAAAAUAUUUACUUAAAUAGCUACUUGACGCUUGCAAGUUUGAAGGCGAACUUGAUUGCACAGCUCCAACCUUAUGAAUCGAAUAUUUAUGGCGGCAGUAAUAUUCGUGUAAUUGAUGAUGUUUCCAUUCGAUCGUCGCUUUUCAAAGAAGACAACUCAUAUGUCGUGGGUCUUGAAGUUAUGACAAACGAUGGUAGGGUGAUGCUAAGCGAGCAAGGCACAGAGAUCGAACUGAUGACCACAGCACAGAUCGUAUUUGAUGGUGUUUAUAUUAUAAAAGAAGCAAGGAUGUUUGAAGAAGAUUUAUCUUACAGUCAUGCCUAUGAAGACGUAAGAGAAGUUAUUAAGCACACGUAUAUUACAUGCGAUGCGCAAAACAUGUACCUAGUACGACAACCGUUGACACCCAAGUUUCAUAUGGAAGCACAGUUUGACCCAUAUACAACUAUCGGAUUUACCUGCACAAAUGAAAACGUUCAAAAUUAUUCUGUGAUACGUAUUUUGGAAAUUUAUCCUAUUCUGGCCACUUUACAUAAUACUCUGGACGACCCAACCCCAAUUGUAUGCAUGGAAUCGCGUAUACUUGUAGAGAUCUAUCCGAUUAAUGCACCAUCAAGAUUGAGGAGAGCAGUUCUGGUAGCUAGCAGCCUUACUGACACUUUAGAUUAUAGCAAAAUCUGCCAACCGGACGACUGGUGUAUCAUUUCAGGCAUGCACGAAGGACAAAUAAAUACCAUAUAUUUGGACAAGGAAGCAAACCAUAUGUUUCAAAUUAGCAUGCAGCCUACUACAACAGAAUCCUCAACAUCUAUUACACCUGUCAUAGUUUCAGAAAGCAGACGCAGGGAUAUGACACGACUAAUUCUCAGUGUCUCCCAACUGACCAGAGAAGCUUUAGCCCCAGACGAAACCUACUUAUAUCAAGAAUACUCUUAUUACACUAGCCCUGUUCAUGUAAUUGGUGUGGUGGUUAGCAAGAAACUUAUGGAUGCAUUUGGAAGAAGAGGUCCUCUAGAAGAACAAGAUAGAGAUUUGUAUGACCAGCUCGGUGCUGGUACUGGAUUUUUUGAUCGAAUAAUACAAGUACAGCUAAGACAAGAUGAUACACCAGAAUUUAUUACCAUUUAUGUACCUGUUACAAAAAUCCAUUAUCCCCUUGGUCUUGUACCUGGAGCCGUAGUCACCUUUAGAAAUUUGCUAAGAAGAUCCAAUAGAAAUAAUAGGAGUCUUACCUGUACCACGUCGGAAACGUCAUUGAUCCAAGCCAACGUUACAUUGCAUGAAGAACCUGAAAUGGCUAGGGGUGGAAUCAUCGAUGGAAUUGCCCAGAAAUAUGUCCGCGAUUUGGUAGCGAUUGAUGAGGCUAAUGACAAUGGCGAAAUAUUCAGGAUUUACUGUAGUGUCCGGUCAAUUUUACACGUGGAGUUGAAAUGGACAUGUAAGCGGUGUGCCACUGACUUAUUAAAUGGACUAUGUUAUCGUAUGUGCACAGAUGCUUCCCGUUGCUUUAUUGUGUCUGCUUUUUUGGAAGUCAGUGACGGGUAUGGCGUUGUUCUAGCAACGGUGGAUGGUUGGAAUCUUAUUAAAAAGUUACUUCAGUUAACCGAGAAACAAAAGAAUGGACUCGAACAACUUGCUUUGGAAUAUGGUGCCAUUAAGUACAAUCAGUUCAAGGGAUGUCGUGUUCGUUCUAAAGAGGCUUCAGAACCAGCAGGGGAAGCUGCAUUUAAAGAUAAGCAAAAUGCCCUCUUAGACUGUACCUUAGAUACAUUGUUCGAAAAGGUCAAAACCAUUGGGAGUAGAUGGAUGUAUGGCACGUUGAUGAAGAAUAAGCAGGAGCCGUCCAACCCAGUGCUAGAUAAUCUACAAGUUGCUGAGAUUCAAGGACACAAAUUUUAUGAAGAAAUCAAUAAAAAGAUCAAGGUCCUCGAUAUUAGAAACGCAGAUAGUGUGACCUAUGCUUACAAUGAAGUGCGAAACGCUUUAAAUUAA